AUGAGUUGAUUGAUUCAGUUACCGGACUUCAUGUUCCGUAUUCCGAGAGUUAAUCUCUUUAAUUACACACAUAUGGGAUUAUUAUCCGAAGGAAAUCCUUUAACUUGGGAAGAAACGCGAAAUCUUGCUGACCAUGUUCGAAAACAUGGGAUUAUUCAAUUUAUUAACCUAUACAAAAGACUUAGGGAUCGUCAGGGUGAUAUACUCAAAUGGGGCGAUGAGGUUGAAUAUAUGCUUGUUAAAUUUGAUGAUGAAGCAAAAACUGCGAAGCUUAGUUUAAGAGCUAUAAAAGUAUUAAAAACUUUAAAUGAAAAAGAAUAUAAUGAUCCAGACAAUAUUAAAUCAUUAUGGAGACCUGAAUAUGGUGCUUAUAUGCUAGAAGGAACACCAGGAAAGCCGUAUGGUGGUUUAUUAUUUCAUUUUAAUGUUGUUGAAGCUAAUAUGAGGUACAGAAGGCAGGAAGCUUCAAAAUUGCUUGAACCUAAUGAGGUCUUACUGACUUUAACUAAUUUUCCUAGAACAGGAGCACAUGAUUUUACAGAUCCUCCUACAUAUCCAACUCCAAAUUCUGGAGCAUCAAGAAGUUUAUUUUUCCCAGAUGAAGCUAUAUAUCCAGGCCAUCCACGAUUUAAAACAUUAACGAGAAACAUAAGACAACGACGCGGAGAAAAAGUUGCUAUAAACAUUCCUAUUUAUAAAGAUAAAAAUGUUCCAAAUCCAUUUAAAGAGAAUUUUGAUACCUUGAUUAACGAUCAAUCUAGUUGUGCAGCAAAAGAAGAUCAUAUUUACAUGGAUGCUAUGGGAUUUGGAAUGGGAUGCUGUUGUCUACAACUUACUUUUCAAGCUUGUAAUAUUAAAGAAGCAAGAAUGUUAUAUGACCAAUUAACACCCUUAUGCCCAAUAAUGUUGGCUCUAAGUGCUGCUAGCCCAUUUUACCGAGGAUAUAUAAGUGAUGUUGAUUGUCGAUGGAAUGUUAUAUCUUGCUCUGUUGACUGCAGAACACAAGAGGAGCGCGGCUUAAAGCCUCUGAAGGAAAACAAAUUCAGAAUUAGUAAAUCUAGAUAUGACUCCAUUGAUUCAUAUCUUAGCGAACAAGGAGAAAUAUAUAAUGAUGUUCCUUUAACAUAUGAUGCUGAAAUAUAUAAACAACUCCUAGACAAUGGAAUUGAUAAAUUACUUGCACAACAUAUUGCUCAUUUAUUUAUCAGAGAUACUGUGUCAUUAUUUUCUGAAAAAAUACAUCAAAAUGAUUUGGAGGAUACAGAUCACUUUGAAAAUAUACAAUCUACUAAUUGGCAAACUAUGAGAUUUAAACCACCACCACCAAAUUCUUCUAUAGGAUGGCGUGUUGAAUUUCGUCCAUGCGAAAUUCAAAUUACAGAUUUUGAAAAUGCUGCAAUAGUUUGUUUUAUUGUUCUUCUUACCAGAGUUAUUUUAAGCUAUAAAUUAAAUCUUCUAAUACCAAUUAGUAAAGUUGACAAAAAUAUGACUCGAGCACAGAGGAAAAACGCAAUCAUAGCAGAAAAAUUUUGGUUUCGUCGAGAUAUUACAUCAGAUGGAAAAAAGCAAGAUGAUGGACAAGCAGAGUAUACAGAAUUUACUAUUAACGAAAUUAUCAAUGGAAAGGAUGAUAUUUUUCCAGGUUUAAUACCAUUAGUAAAUUCAUACUUAGCUAGCAUGGAUGUAGAUGCUGACACACAUUGUACUGUACAAGCAUAUAUGAAAUUAAUACAAAAAAGAGCAUCUGGAGAAUUAUUAACAACUGCAGCAUGGUUAAGGAAAGAAGUUCUUUCACACCCAGAGUAUAAAAAUGAUUCUAUAAUAACACAACGCAUCAAUUAUGAUUUACUAAAAAAGAUACAAAAGAUUGUUUCUAAUGAAAUAUCGUGUCCAGAAUUACUUGGCACAUGUAUAUCAUCCAAAACUAAUGAAACUAUACCUGCAGCAAUUGCAAAAGCUGAGAAGGUUCCAAUGUGAAUUAUUGUUAAUGGCAAUAUCUUAAAUAUGCUUAAAUAAAUAUACAUAAUAUAGAUAUAUGAUGACUUAAAUAGACCACAAUUAAUUUAGAUUCAAUUUUUGUUUAUUUUAGUACAUUUCAGAUAUUCUUGUACACACUUAACAUUUAGAACGAUGUGUGUUCACAUCCAAUGAGUUAAUAGUUUCUAAAAAUGAUAACAUUCCAUAAAAUAAGUUUAU